AUGGCACGGGCGCGGGAAGAGGUGCUGAGGCUUCGAGAGGAGCGGCAGCUCACGGAGUUCGUGGCCAUCACCAAGAUCCAAAGCCUCAUGCGUAGCUAUCAGGCCAGGAAAGAGGUGACUCCACAGCUUCAAGAGAGACGACGUCAACACUGGGCAUCUGUGAAGGUGCAGAGCUCCUGGCGUCGCCAGAUGGCGAAAGCCGAGGCGAUGAAACGCCGUGCGCAAGACGUGAAUCAGUUGCUGAGCAGUUUGCUGGAGGGACGUCCAGAUGAAACCCUAAGGGGUGAUGCCUGGCUACAGAAGGUCACUGCGGCGUUUGAGUGGAAAACUCAACGAGAUGUGGAAUUGGAGGAGAAGGAGCUGCGUCUUCGUCGGCAGUCGGCCUUCAGUCACUUGCCAAGCGCCAGUUUUGAGGAGCUCAGCCGCCCCGAAAGCCUCUCAGCUGCUGCAUUGCUGGAUCGUUCGAUGGCCGCGGUGUGCGUUGCAAAGCAACGUGCGCGGCAACGAAUGAAGGCCUUGUUGCAGACACAGGCGCAUGGAAACAAAGGGCUCCAGAGCCUGAUCUACGACAACGAGAUGUGCCGGUCCUUGGCGGUGGACCAUGGAGUGCUGAUCCGGCUCAACGCCGAAGACGGUGUGGCAGAGGUGGGCAACUUGUUGCAGACCGCCUGGUCCAUCGCCUUUCAACUGCGAAGUGCUGCGCCAAUUGGUGGUGCCUCGCCGGCCCUUCACGUCCUCACGUCAGGUAUCCACUCCUUGAAGCGAAAGCUGCGGAUCGAGAUCCAGGGGGCAGGAAAGGUAGAGGACUCCGCCGCGCUGAAGAGCUUCAUGGAGACCGCGGAGGAGGCCUGCAAUGAGGCGGUUCAUCGGGCCACGGAGGCUAGAAAUGCCACGCUGCAGCCGUUGAAGGAGGAGCUGGAAGCUGCACUCGCGGAGAGUCAGGUGGCACUGAAGGACUUGAACGGCCACAUCUCCAAAGUGCUACCUGAGGUGAACGCGAUCAAGGCGAAGUACAAGGAAGAUGCGGUGGAGGCAGAAGCCAAGCUGCGUGAGGAACGGGAGAUGAAGCAUGCGCAGACCGUGGGAGUCCCGGAAGGGGCGAUGUAUUCUCAGAACCUUGCCCAAAUCACCUUCAUUGAAGUUGGUGAAAUUCAAGUCAACCAGAAGAUUUUGGCAUGUUUCCCCAGAAUAGCAUCAUUCGCAGCGCCGCGUUCCGCGGAUCACGGAUCAGUCCGGACCUCCAUGGCGCCGAGCGGUGCUCGCAGCCUGGAGGAAGACCUCGAAAUUGGAGGCACGACACUGCAGACGAAUGGUGGAUUUGAUGGGGAUUUAACGGCGAUGCACGACAUCAAUGGAAACUUUGGUUCUGCAGUUCAAGAAGCCGUGACUCGCGCAGUGGCCUUGGAUUUAGCACGUCCCGUGAAAGCGACCGACAUCUUGUGGUCCUCCUGGGAAGAGCGCCGGGGCAGUGGGUGCUUGGAGCAGCACCAGUCGCACCGGUCCCAAGCGGAGCUGGCCGCCUCGCAUAGCGCCCUUGUGGAGUUGCAGCGCAUCGCCAAGGCCAAGGGUCAGGUUCCGGUGACCAUUAGCGGCGCCAUCCCCCGACCUACCGCAGUUGUCCGUGCUGCUCUGCCGCACGCCGUUCGACCGGGUUUGGUCAGCGUGGCACCACAGAUUGCCCCGGUGAUGCCACUGAAUGGCAGGGCGAAGAUCUGCAAGUACUUCAUGAAGGGAUGGUGCUAUGAUGGUCUCAAUUGUCCCAUGGUGCAUGGGCCAACACCAAAGGCAGCCCCCACACCCACACCCAAGGUCAACAGCAUUGCGUCACUGGCAAACCAUCCGGCAGUCUUGAAGGUUGGACGUCUUGCUGGCAGCUUUACACCGCCGGUCACUGUGACAACGCCAGUGACAACGCCAGCUGUGAAGAGUCUGGUGAAGACGGAACUGUGCAGCUACUUUCAGAAGGGCUGGUGCUAUGAGGGGCAGAAAUGCCCAAAGGCUCAUGGCGAGGAGGAACUGGGACAGCCGCGACAGCCGCUGGCGAAGAAGAGAGGGCGAGAUGGAGAGGAUGUGGGACUCACUGCUAAGCGGCUGAAGUCCAACGAGGACACAGCAGAAUACGAAGAGUGGCGAGACGAGAGACUGGAUUUGGGCGUUGAUCCAGAAGGGCUGAACGCUCAAUCACUGGAAUUGUGGUAUGCGCAAAUUUGCCUCAUCUGCUCCACCCCUAUCUCUGGGCUUUCGAACUGGCCGAUCCAUGCCAAUGGCUCAAAGCAUAUGUCCAGAUAUCUCGCGCUAGGUGGCGCAAAGCUGAAAGACGACAAGCAUCGACCGGAUCCACAGCUCCAGGACGCGCAGCCAAUUCCAAUCCAAAUGAGCAUGUAUGUGCAGAAACAGUUGGGCCUGGCAAGCCAAGGUUCAGUUGACGUGGAUGACAUCGAUGUGGCGAAGCCAGGGAUGGCGGAGUUUUUAAGCGUCGCUGGCUUUGAUGGUGGAAUGGUUCUCUCCAUCGGUGAGCAGGAUUUCAGCUUCUCGCGGAGCAUCGCGAAAGUGCAACACAGUGCUGGUUUAUCCACGCAACUUGUUGCCACAUCAUAUCUUGCAGAACAUGAUCCAACAGAGCCGGAGGUCCAUGUUGCAGAUGACGGGGAGAGAGCUCAAUAUACCAGGAAGAGUUUGCCCUCCAUGGGUGGUGCCCUCUUCAAAAAUCUUGCGGCGAUCCAGGAAUUGGGAGGGAUCUGUCUCCACAGCGUGGACGCCACGGACCUGAACUCCUUGGUGUCACAGGGCGUGGAUGGUGCCUUCGAUGUGGUGGUCUUCGCCUUUCCCCGGGCAUCGCUGAAACGAAGCGUGGAACCCAGGAACUCUUUGCUGAUCCGAAAGUUCUUCCGCAGCGUGCUGGAAGCAGGUCUCUUGGCCCCGCUGGGCCGUGUGGAGCUGCUGAUGUUGGGCAUGCAGUACGCGGAAUGGGACGUGGCGUGUAUGGCACAAGAGGAAGGUUUUGAGCUCUUUGAAUAUGCCAAACUUCCCAAUGGCUUCUACCAAAGCAGGGAGAUGACCGGUAAGGCGUGGACACCGCAGAACGGCAUGCUCUACACGUUCUGCCUUCGCACAUAG